AUGAAUUUAUGUGAUAACUCAGGAUGGGAUAUCGAAGAGUAGUGCUAUUUAGAUACUCUUUUUACAGGCUAUUUACCUAAAUUGGAAAAAAGAAUCUCAGAAAACAGCAGUCAUCGAAUAAGAACUUUAUCAUAACCAAAAUAGUUUAACCAGUCGAUCAACUCUCUUCAUCAUCAUAGACCUACCUAAAGUCAAGCCUAUUAGAUGGGUUCUUUUAGUGCUAACUUUUACACUCCUUCUACUACUAAGACUCGAAUUCGAUUUAAAUUCACUCCAACUAUAACUCAAGAAGAUCAACAAAGAUAAAAAAAUAUUUCUCAAUCUCCAAUUAAAAAGAAACCGAAAUAUACUAUAAUAAAUAUGAGUUAAUUACUCACAGUCACUCCAAAAGUUAAAAUGCAUUAAGAUUCAUUGAAUAAAGUGCUUGAGAGAUUUUCCAAUAAAAAAAGAUGA